UUAUUUUCUACAUAUACCAAAAACAAAAACCCAUUACUACUCACAAGCUCAUUCAGAAAAAUCAACAAUGGCUUCAUUUGCUAGUAACCAUCUAGUUACAAGACUAGUCCUAUUAUUUUCUCUCUUCUGUUUCACCUCUGCAACGAGGCGACUCACUGAGUCAACCCAAGAUCAGAACCCAGAUAUCUUCCAAUACCACAAUGGCCCUCUUUUGAGUGGCAAAAUUUCAAUCAAUCUCAUUUGGUAUGGCAACUUCAAGCCUUCACAACGAGCAAUUAUCUCAGAUUUCAUUGCCUCCCUAUCUUCAACUUCGAAACCCAUGACAGACCAACCAUCAGUCGCCACGUGGUGGAAGAACACCGAGAAAUACUACUACAACCGUCUGAUCAACUCCAAGAAAGCCUCUUCUCUGGGCCUCUCUACCGGCAAUCAAGUAUUGGAUGAGAAUUACUCGAUGGGUAAAUCACUCACCAGUCAACAGAUCGAACGGUUGGCAGCGAAGGGCGAUCAGUACAACGCCAUCAACAUUGUGCUAACAUCGUCCGAUGUGAUCGUUGAUGGGUUCUGCUCCAGCAGGUGCGGGACGCACGGGUCUUCCAA